AUGUUCUCGGCGAAACUUGCUGUAUUUCUGGCAGUGUGCGUUAUUGUUUGCGAUGCCUGUCCGCCCAACGCGGGACGUCCACAAAUCAUAAUCGUCCCUUCUAAUGGAGGCAGCACUAGUGGUGGAGGCGGUAAUACUGGUGGUGGAGGAGGCAAUAAUAAUGAUAAUAAUAAUAACGGUAAUAAUGGUAACUAUGAUGAUGAUGAUGGCGACGACGGAGACACUCGUGGGGCUGCACGUAGUAAUAGUGGUACUGGUGGCAGUAAUGGUAACAGUGCUAACACUGGGCGAGCUACGGGUACCAGCGCAGCAGAUGCUGGCACACAAGGUUCGUAG